CGAGUCGCGACGUUUCCUGACGGGAGUCAUGGCGCAGUGUCUGCUCCGAACGUCUCAACACCAUGGCUAAGGAAAGACUUUCGACUCAGCAAACCCAGGCCAAGGCCAAGACUAAGGCCAAAAAGGAUUCCAAGAAAGGCCAGCCGCCAGCGGAGAUCCAGAAAAUCUGCGAUCUUCUAAAAGCAGUGAUUGAUUCGCCUGAAGGUCAUCGCCAAGAAAAAGCCGUGAUGGCCCUCAAGGAGGCCCUCAAUGCCGAAGAAGAGGCAGAGCGUCAUAAGCGGCGCAUUGCUGCUUCUCUCUCGUCGCGGCCGAGUUCCAGCUAUGAACUGCUCAAGGCCGACUUCAAGUGGCUACGCGGUACCGCUGAAUUGAUAAAGAAAGAGCUAGACCGUCCAGGCUCUCAGCCUCGCCUUCACAAAAAGAUUUCUUCGUCUUUCAAGAAAACAAUUUGAUCGAGAGUCUUAGGGGAUUGCAGGAUGCGCUCGGCUUGUGGAUAUCGUGAGAGGAAGCAGACUCGAACCAUUACAGAUAAAGCAAGGUCAAGGAGGGAAUAGCCAUCCAUUUAAUUCCAUCAAUUUCUGAUGCUAA